UCAUAUCUUAUGCACCCUCAGAAUCAGAGAAUACGAACCAAAGUCUCUGUCUCCCUAAAUCUUUUUCACUUUUUUCAGCUUUCAUUCAUUCACUUCUUUGUAUUUUAAUGACUUUCAAAUAUUCUUACAAUUCGCCGGUCGGAAAAUGGCUCGGCUUCGUCGCCGCUGUUUGGGUACAAGCCAUUUCCGGCAAUAACUACACAUUUUCCAACUAUUCCGACGCUUUAAAGUCUCUAAUGGCCCUUACUCAGCUCCAAUUAAACAACCUCUCCGUCGCUAAAGACGUCGGGAAAGCGUUCGGAAUACUCGCCGGACUUGCCUCCGACCGACUUUCUACUCCCGUUAUUCUACUCAUUGGUUCAAUCGAAGGCUUCAUCGGUUACGGCGUUCAAUGGCUUGUCGUUAGCGGCACAAUUAAGCCACUUCCGUACUGGGUCAUGUGUAUAUUUUUAUGCAUGGGAGGUAACAGUACUACAUGGAUGAACACCGCCAUAUUGGUGACGUGUAUUCGUAAUUUUCGAAAAAACAGAGGACCUGUAACGGGAAUUUUGAAAGGUUACGUGGGUUUAAGCACCGCUAUUUUCACCGAUAUUUGUUCGGCGCUUUUCGCUAGUGACCCUUCAACUUUUCUUCUCUUGCUCGCUGUAGUCCCUUUCGCCGUUUGUCUAUCGGCGAUUGUAUUUCUCCGUGAAAUUCCGCCUUCCUCAACUCCCGCUGAAGAGAAGGAAGAAGUUAAAUAUUUUGGUGUCAUUAACGUCAUUGCCGUUAUCAUAGCGGUUUAUUUGUUAGUUUUUGACGUUUCAGGGACUCAUGGAAAAGUUUUUUCACAAAUAUUUGCAGCUAUACUCCUAAUCCUUUUAGCUUCCCCUUUGUUCAUUCCGGUUCAUUUAAUGGUGAAAAACUUUAUCCGGUCCAAUUCAGAAAAUUUUGAUGUUGAAGGCAAUGAAAAUGAAAUUGUAGAGCCAUUACUGGUGAAAAAGGAGGUCGUUGUAGUGAAGGAGGAAAAUGCGGCGGAAAUGGAGAGAAGGGUUCCUGAAAUUGGAGAAGAUCAUACGAUAUUUGAGGCGAUAAGGACACUGGAUUUCUGGAUAUUGUUUGUUUCGUUUCUUUGUGGAGUUGGAACUGGUUUGGCUGUGAUGAACAACUUGGGACAAAUGGGAUUAGCUUUGGGAUAUACUGAUGUUUCCAUUUUCGUCUCUCUCACUAGCAUUUGGGGAUUUUUCGGUCGCAUUCUUUCCGGCUCUGUUUCCGAAUACUUUAUCAAGAAAGCUGCAAUGCCAAGGCCAAUAUGGAAUGCAGCUUCACAGAUUGUAAUGGCUGUAGGAUACAUCUUAAUGGCAAUAGCUAUGCCAGGAUCACUCUACGUUGGCUCUAUCGUCGUUGGAAUUUGCUAUGGAGUUCGUCUUGCUGUUACUGUUCCAACUGCUUCCGAACUCUUUGGUCUUAAAUAUUACGGCCUUAUCUAUAAUGUCCUAAUACUCAACCUUCCACUCGGCUCAUUUCUCUUCUCUGGUUUGCUCGCGGGUCUGUUAUAUGAUGCUGAGGCUACAAAAACAGCUGGUGGUGGCAACACUUGUGUAGGCGCUCACUGCUACAGGCUAGUAUUCAUAGUGAUGUCUAUAGCUUGCAUCGUUGGGUUCGGAUUAGAUAUUCUGCUAACGAUCAGAACCAAGAACUUAUAUGCUAAAAUUUAUGCAAGCAGGAAAACAAAGAAGAGUACUACUGCUGUAUUGUCUUGAUAAAUGAAUGUUGAUUCUCUUUGGUAGUACUUGUUGUGAGGUGAGUUGGGAGGACUGAUAGGAAAUGUUUUUCCUAAUGAUAUCUUUUCACUUGCUUGUGCAAUUGUGGAAUUCAUAAUUGUGUUUGAUUUGUUGGAAUUCGUUACUUGUAUUGAGUAAAUCUGAGUUCUUUGUACGCUUUUUAGCCUGUAAAACUAUUAAAAGUGGUAUUUUAUUU